AUAAAGAUGAUUCUGAUUCUGAAAAGAUGGAGCCGCACGGCUUGUACUGGAUGAGUGGAAGAGCCUACAGUCAUACAACCAAAUGUUUUGCCCACACUCGGCCAAAAUCCACUUAAAAAGGCAGAAAACUGUCGAGGAUGAUGCAAGCCACUGCUGAGAAGAAAGACAACAUGGCGUCCGUAAACAUGUUACGUGGUUUGAACCAAUGCGGAGCAGUGCGGUGAGUUCAAAGAGUGUCCAGACUUUGUGCAGUGCAAAACAAGCAGUUGACUGACAUCUACCGGUGAGAAACGGCACUGCGCGAUAACGCUCGCACGUUACGCAAAUUACGCAGCAUAGCAACGUAAACGCGUGCGUUCUGGCGCUUCCAGCUUCGCACUUUUUACUUGACGAAUCUGGUGCCUUGACACGUCCGUCCUCGCGCUCCGGCAGCAUCACUUUACUCCCUGACAACAGCAGCAGCUAUGGCGGAGCCCGCAGCACGCAAUUCGACGGACGCGGCACGGCCUCCAUCCACGACGCCGGGCCUUUCCCCCGUAGCCAGCCCGGGCUCCGAGACGCUAUCCAUGGCCCUGUCACCCACAACGGACGGCUCUCAGCGGCUGCUCUUCUCUCACGACUUGGUCUCCAGGAAGUAUAGAGGAUCUGUCCGCUUCGGCCUCGUACGGAUGAUCCACGGCGAGGAGGAAUUCAAUUCUGACUCGGACCUUGAUGAUGGCGGAGGGAGAGACGGUGGUGGUGGUGGUGGUGGAGGCGGAAAAGGCGAUGGAGGUGGACGAGUCCCGUGUGGUUCGGACACCGAGAGCGCCGUGGAUACCCACAGUCGGCCUCUCGGUCGUGGAUUUGUCCGUGUCCAGUGGUACCCUGAUGGAGGGAAGCAGGACAUCGGGGAGACAAAGCUGAUACUUGAAGAUCGAUCCAUCGUAAUCAGAGACAUUGUUCGACGCAGUAAUUCAAAUGACAACCAGUGCGGCAUUGUGACUAAUGUGGACAUUGAGUGUGCAGUGAAACUAGUGGGCACAAACUGUAUACUGUAUCCUGUCAACAGCAAAGAGCUGCAACACAUCUGGUCUUUCAUGUACGGUGACUACAUAGCCUAUGACUUUUGGCUGGGGAAAGUGUACGACUUUACCAAUCACAUCAUCCUCAAGCUCUCCAACGGAGCCAGAUGUUCCAUGAGUGUGGAGGAUGGUGCCAAGCUAUACGAUGUCAGUCCUCAUGUUUGUGAUCCGGGCCUGUUCUUUGAUGAAGAGUAUGGGUUCUACCCUGGCCAGGUCCUGAUUGGUCCUUCAAAAGUCUUCUCUAAUGUCCAGUGGCUGUCAGGGGUCAAACCUGUCCUCUGCAGGAAGUGCAAGUUCAGGGCAGUGGUGGAAGAGGUAAAGGUUUCCGAGCUGAAGGUGACAUGGAUCACAAAGAGCUAUUCUCUAAAAGGCUCUGACAGCAUUUAUCCUCCUCCCUCCACCAUCACACAGGAAAACCUCUGCAGGGUGAGGCGCCUGGGCUACUAUGACCACACCCAGAGGCAGCUUGGAGACAGGGGGCUUUAUGUGUUCCCUGCUAAUGGGGACGCCACCCGCAUCACAUUUGAAGGACCUGAAGGGACUCCUGUCCUACAAGAGGACCCUGUGGUCAGAAAGUUGAAAAGAAUUUUCAAGAAGGAUUCGGGCAAGAAGUCGGGGAACGUCGAUACACAAGGCGAGCACAAAUCCGAACAGACAGACUCCUCCCAUCACUACAAUAACUGCCCAAACAAUGAGAACCCGCUUGACCUGCAGAACACUCACAACGCUCCUGCUGAGCAGGACGCUGAUGACGAGGCAGCAGAAGACACAGACGAUACCAGUUCUCUUACAUCAUCGGCCAGCUCCACAGCAUCCUCACAAAGUGGCUGUCUGGGAACCAACCGCAAGAAGAGCAUCCCACUGUCUAUACGCAACCUCAAGAGGAAGCACAAGAAGAAGAGGACUAGGUUCUCUCGCGAGUUCAAACCAGGAGACAGUGUGGCUGUGGAAGUUGUUUCUACCAAGACCACAGCUGAUGUAAUGUGGAAGGAUGGACGUGUGGAGAAAGGGAUACGAUCCAAUGACCUCAUCCCUAUCCAGCAUCUAGACGGCCACGAGUUUUGCCCUGGCGACUUUGUUGUGGACAAACGACCCCAAGCCCUCCAAGACCCAGGCAUGUAUGGUGUCAUCCAGUCUGGCGACCACAAGGGCAGGACGUGUGUUGUUAAGUGGAUCAAACUCAACACCGCCGGUGACGACGUGGAGGUUAUUGGUGUGGAGGAGGACGUUAGCGUGUAUGACAUAGCGGAUCACCCAGAUUUCCACUUCCGUACCACUGACAUUGUCAUAAGAAUAUGGAACUCUGAAGUCAGGGAGAACGACUGUGAAAAUGAGACAUCAGUCGGCCAAGUGUCCCGGGUGGAUGUGAGCAGCAAAGUGGAGGUGGUGUGGGCGGACAACUCCAUGACCAUCGUCCUCCCACAGCAUCUUUACUGCGUGGAGUCAGAGAUGGAGGAAACGGACUAUGACUCGGUGGAGGAGACGAGCAGUGGUCUGUCCACUGAAGAGUGGGAGGACGAUAGCGACAGCUGGGAGACGGAUAAUGGCCUCACCACCGAGGAUGACAGUCAUGUGAACAAUAUGGACGUCACGGAGACGGUGACCCCCACGUCCUGCUACUCUUCCGUCAUCAUUUCCCCUCAAGAAGGGGACAAAGUCGGGGUUACCAGUCCCACGAAGGCAGUCAGUGGAAAUGAGGGCGAAGCGUCUGUAGUGGCGAAUUCAGCUUCUGGAGGAGGUGCUGUCAACGGAGCCGAGAAGCCAAGUAAAGACUGUGCCUCUCGAGGCUUCAGGGAGUUGAAGGAGGCCCUGAGGAUCCUGGAGAGCCUGAAGAACAUGACUGUGGAGCAGCUUUGGACCGGCCUCUCUCCGACAUCCCCCACCUCGGUCGCACCCCCUUCGGCAGCUAACGUUGCAAGUCCGGCACCGCCCUCUGCCCCCGAAAAACCCAACAAGGAGAAGCGCUUCCUGGAUGACCUCAAGAAGCUGCAGGAGAACCUGAGAAAGACUCUGGAUAAUGUGGCCAUCGUGGAAGAGGAGAAGAUGGAGGCUGUAGUAGAAGUAGGCGGGGGUGCGGGUACAGGAACAAAAGCUGAGAGACCUGGAGAAGAGAAGCCCCAUCAGGAGCCACAGACCCCGGUGGCCGGACAGGAAUGGCCAAGUGACUUUCUCAGUGACACACCUGUGCUGUGCCAACAGAGUGGCGGCAAACCUGGCGUCACAUUUACCAGUGCCAAGGGUGAAGUCUUCUCUGUGCUGGACUGGGCACCAGACACGCACUCUUUUCACAAAAUGGAAUUUCAGCCAGCCGAGGCCAAGAAGUUCUUCAGCACUGUAAGGAAAGAAAUGGCUCUGCUGGCGACGUCACUGCCAGACGGCAUCAUGGUCAAAACCUUUGAAGAUCGCAUGGACCUGUUCUCGGCUCUGAUCAAGGGGCCAAAUCGUACGCCUUACGAGGACGGCUUGUUCCUGUUCGACAUCCAGCUGCCUAACAUCUAUCCGGCGCUGCCGCCUCUCUUUCGUUACCUGUCUCAAUGUAGCGGCCGCCUCAAUCCCAACCUGUACAAUAACGGCAAGGUCUGCGUCAGUCUGCUGGGCACCUGGAUCGGCAGGGGCACUGAGAGAUGGACCAGCAAGUCCAGCCUGCUGCAAGUCCUCAUCUCCAUACAAGGUCUGAUCUUGGUCAACGAGCCUUACUACAACGAGGCGGGCUUCGAUAGCGACCGCGGCCUCCAGGAGGGUUACGAGAACAGCCGCUGUUACAACGAGAUGGCCCUGAUCAAAAUGGUCCAGUCCAUGACGCAGCUCCUCCAGAAUCCCGUGGAGGUGUUCAAGCAGGAGAUCCAGGAGCACUUUGUGUCCAACGGCUGGUGUCUGGUCCACCGCCUGGAGCUGUGGCUAGAGCUGCACGACGCCGCCGAGAGGUGCCACGCUGUGCAUGCCUCCUCCAGGGCUCAUCAUGCCAAGCCUUCUUGUUCGGAGGCUCUGGAUGAGCAGGCGCCUGUGGCUGUGGCACGCAGCACCUCCAGGAAGGCCCCAGGCAGUAUUAUGGAGGAGGAGCUGGAGGAUUUGGGACUCGGUACGGCUAGCUCUCAGCAGGGGACCGGCCACAUCUCGGACUGCGACGGCUCCGGAGAGAGCGCUGACAACAACGGCGCCGCUUCGGUCACGUCGGAACGGGUUUCUGCCGGUGGCGACGCAGCGCUCGGCCAACCGGUGGUGCGACCCAAGAAACGGAGAAAGAGCUAUCGGAGCUUCCUCCCCGAAGGCGGCGGCUACCCAGACAUCGGCUUCCCUCUCUUCCCGCUUUCUAAAGGCUUUGUGAAGAGCGUCCGCUGCGUGCUGCUGCAGUACCGAGCCGCGCUCUCGGCCGCUGGCAUCCCAGAGCACGUCGACGACAAUGACACAUAAAGAUAAAGACUGCGGACCUCAGCUGCUAGCCAUCACAGCGACAUUUAUCUGCACUUUAAGCAGGUAAACGUUCCCCCAAUGCCCUUCUGUCAGUGGUGUAGAUUGAAAACAAUGGAAAGAACGGUACCGUGAACCCUGAGGACCACCUUGCGUCUCAGUUUUGCUUGAAGACCUCACGACUUAAGAAGGACCACCAGGUUCCUGUUCUGCUGCCAUUUUGUAGCACCACCGGCGUCAUCAGUGGACGACCCUGCACUGACGAUGCCAUCGGAAUGCAUCAAGCAGGCAUCCGUAACUCGCCCCCUACCCCCCCUUGAUCAAAAUCACUUCUUGUAUGCUUUCUGCCAAAUUCUGCCAACACAAAUAUACUGGAUGUCAUCAAACUGCCAACAGCUUGUCACUUCAUUCACAACAGUGUUUUCUUUAUAUUACAGUACCUUGACUUGCAAAAAAUCUUUUGCUUCAUGUCGUGAGCCAAAAUACUUUUGAGGAUCUAGAUUCAUCCUUAACAUGCUGCAUCACUCAAGUCUACCUUAAAUAAUACGCACACACGCAAAUCAUCCAUUCCAUCAUCUCAUCAAAAUGUUGCCUUACUUGAAAAAACAAAACAAAAAUCUUGUACAGAGCUGCUUGUUUGGUUAGCACUCCACCUUGUUGCAUUGUUAACCUCCCCAUCGCUUCCUCGGCUCCUCUUCACUGCAUGAAUGGCAUCAAACAUCACAUCUGCGUACCCAGUACGAUUGCGCUUCCUUGGUCACGUGGUUUAAGAAGAAGAAGAAGAAGAAAAAAAAAAGUCAGUACAGCCCCACCCUGUCUCAGUUUUAUUCUGCCCGGUGACAGGUGAGGCUGUACUUAACUGUGAAAUAAAGUGAUACUUGUACUUCCAAGGGAGAGCAGCGCAAUCUUUGUUUACAUCUUUUUUAAAAACAAUUAGUGCAUCCCAUCUUACAUAGCAAUAUGCAGAUAUUAUGCUUGUAACAUGGGCUGUCUGUGUGCUGUUGAACUACCUGGUUGACCAGAGUGGAGAGUUGUUUAAAGGGGACCUAAGGCCCAGAUUUUGGGGGGCAAGAAUACAUUGUAUGUGCGCCCACACGUCUAAACACAGUAUUGUGAUUAACAUUGCAUUGGUGUUACAAGAAUAAAACGGAUUAAUUGAUCAAUUUUCAUCCAUCUCAGCGGGCCGCCAUGUUUGACAAUAUCGCCCUCUGUUGUCGACCAAAAUGAAUACUACAACUGUUGCGAACGGCAUGUGGCCAAACCUGGAAAAGAGGUAGUGGACUGCCUGUGUAUGCUGCGAUAACUAGUAUAACUUUGGGUUGAUGACAUGAUGGUUUGAAGCCAAACGUGCUAUAAUUAGUGUGUUUAGUUCUUAUUCCACCGACGCAAUGUUAAUCAGAAUACCAUGGUUAUACUAUCGGGGCCACAUAAAACGUAUUCUUGCAAAAAAAAACGUUUUUCGUUUAGUUCCCUUUUAAGAAAGAUGAUUAUUUGUCACACGCACACAUUCCAACGUCAUUAUUUUUCUGCCUUGAAUGUGACUGAGAAAGAAAUUAUCUUCACUGUAGCAUCAAGCCUGUAUUUGUUUUCCUCCUCCUCACUGCUGUCUGUAAAUGUCAGCCAUUUUCCCCAUAAAGUCCAAACAAGCUCCUGCCUGAAGUUGACACCGUUGCUCGUGAAGCUGUGAAAGAGCUGAUCAAGCACAUGUUGCACUUGAACAAUAUUCUGGGUAUUCUAAUUCUUUCUCCUCCCACAAAGCCAAAGCAUGUAACAUUUUGCUUUAAUUUUAGCCUUGCGGACAGGAAACACAGACUUGACUGUAACCAUGCCAUCUCCACAGUGGCCUAAAAGUUACGAUUUGUAGCCUGAUUCACUCUGUGCGGCUGUCAUGGAUAUAUUGAAAUGCAUAGUGUAAUAUUAUAUUGACGAUGUGUGGACGCUUGGGGCAUAUAUGUACAAAAUGGUUUCAUUUUUCAGUUUUUUCCAAUUGCAUUUGUUGUGUUGAAACAGAUGUAUAAUAACAACAUAUUAAAAUUUGCAAGCAG